GGUGAAUAUAUGCAGCGAUAGCUGCCGUUAGUAGUUAGUAAUUAACGAAACGUCAAGGCGUAAAGUGUUGUCGCGGUUUUUUGCGUUAUUUGUAUUAUUUUCUGAGUUUUUUGUUUUUAUAUUUUCGCACUUGCACAAUUUUAUAGUGGGCUAAUAUUUUAUAUUGUACUUUAAAGCAGCCACAUCAUGUUUCUUAUUUUGCGACUUAUCUAUAAGGAGAUGCGUAAGGCAGAUGCAGCUUUUAAUCGAGAUUUACGCAUUUCUUCAUGGCCCCUCUUGGGUCCUCCAUGGUCGAUGUUUGCUAUUAUAGCGAUCUACCUCUUCAUUGUGAAGCUAUGGGGACCUAAGUUAAUGGAAAGCCGAAGACCUUUUAAUGUAAUGCCAAUCAUACGGAUUCAUAAUCUUAUUCAGGUGGCACUCAAUGUUUACAUAUUUACAGCGUCUUUUAGCCGCUCUUACCUAAAACCGUAUUUCAGUUUGUCAUGCCAGCGAUAUGACCCGAAAGAUACAAGUCCUGAAAUGAUGGCAUUAGUUAUACCUGCAUAUCUUUAUUACAUUUCAAAAUACAUGGACCUGCUGGACACGAUAUUUUUCUUGCUGCGCAAGAAUUACAGACAAAUUUCCUUCCUACACGUUUAUCAUCACAGCCUUAUGGUAUUCGCAGUUUGGGUUUAUUGUACGCUGAAUUUUGCUUCGCACUUCACCUUCACUGGCGUCAUAAACUCCUUUAUACACAUCUGCAUGUACAGCUACUACUUUUUGGCCACUUUGAAGUUGAAAACGGACAUAACGACGUGGAAGCGCACACUGACGUUGUUGCAGAUAUUGCAAUUCCUAUCAUUAACUAUUCAAUUAUCUCUACCAAUACUGAACAAUUGGUGCGGUCUGGACUUAUUUUGGGUUUGGGUGGCAUUUCUGCAAAAUUUCUUUAUACUCGCACUCUUCUGUGAUUUCUAUUAUAAAACUUACAUGCGCAAAGUGCACGGAAAUAAAAAAGUACAAAAGCAGCAGAAGCGGAAGCAGGAGUUUGAGGUGAACUGCGGAGGUAUUUCUAGUGGUUCGAGUACGUUGAAGGAUGCUAAAGUGCACUAGAGGAGCAAAAAAGUACUUUUACUUACCCGGAGUGUUAGUAACUUUUCAAUUGACUUGAGCUCUUCCGAUUUAUACCAACACCAUUGACCAAUACUCAUACACACAUAUGUGGAAGCGUGAAGGUGCUAAUUUCUCCGUGUGAUUCCAAAUUGAUUAAAUGAAAAUGAGAAACCGGAAUAUCUUUGUAAUUAAGGAAGUUAAAAAGUUUACAAAAGUAUCUGAUCAUUAUAUGUUUUUUUAAGUAAAAUAUGUAAAGUAUAAAAUAUUAUUAAAAUAUGUAAAGUUCUAAAAGAAAGAAAUAUUUAUUUAAAUU